AACACCACUCUCUCUCUUUCUAGAAACUCGAAUCGGCAUCCUCUCUCUCUCUUCUCUUCUCUGUGUCUCCUGGUAGAAUUCUCCCAUCCGUGGAAGGAGCUUGCGGCAGCCUAUUCCUUUGCAGUAUUCCAUUCCAGUAAGCUACGUUUGUUGGGAUUCCAUUCCCUCAGAUUUCCCCUUUCAUCAUUCCUCCAUUGCAUCUCUUUCUCUCUAACUUAGGGUUUCCUCUUUCAAUCUGGUAAUUUUUGUGUUUUUCCUUCUGCGAUUUCCGAUUUCCUUUGUGUUCUUAUCGUACGUUCUUUUCCUUUCUUCCUUCUCUGUAACCCUAUUUUUCGUUCUGUUAAUCCGAAAAGAAAAAAAAAAGUUAAAUUAUCGUAGUCUGUGAUUUUACUUUCUAGAUAUAUUCGGUGCGGGUGCUUCCUUAUUUCCCCUUUGUUCACCUGUGCUUCCAUCUGGGUUUAGCUUGAGCGCAUCUUUCGGAGGACAAUUUGGUUUCUCCGAUGCGGAUUUCAAGUGGUUUUCUUGUCGAUGGUGUUCCCGAGAGGAAUUCUGAUGUUUAUGGGAUGCCCUGGCAUAUUAACCAGGAGGUCGAGGAUUGCCUUGAUUUUAGAGAGGACACCUGCGAAGGGGGUGGCUCGCCAGAUUGUGUCUCGAGUGAUAUUCUGGAUCUCUUGCCGCCAGAUCCCUUUGGUAUGGAUAUAAGUACCACCGUUACUGCAAUCACUGGCUGGCUUGACGAUCUGAAAGUUGACUACGGUGGAGGAUAUGAAAGAGACGAGGGAGGCCCAGUUGAUGGAAAUUAUCAAUUUUUUGCUGGAUUGAACUUUAUUUGGAACAAUGCAAUUAGGUUCCAGGCGUACCCAUUUGAAAAUAAAGGAAUUUUUUAUAAUUCUUAUGAGCUGGAUGGAUUUGAUGUGUGGUCUGAUGGGAGAACAGCAGGUGAUGUAUCAUGCCACACUGAUCCUGAACCACCAUAUGUUGUGGAUACAAUUCAGACCCUUGGUAUGGAACCUGAGACUUCUAGAGUGCAACCGGAAGAUCUUAAAGAGGGUAAUUGUGUCUCUUCUGAUGUAGGCGAACCUCCUCAUGCCGCUUUAAGUUUCGUGCUUGGUUAUCUGGGCACACGGGAUCUUAUUGCUGUUGAAAGGGUUUGCAAGUCCCUGCGGUUGACUGCCGAAGGGGACCCUUUCUUUUGGAGAAACAUUCACAUAAAUGGGCGUAAGCUUGCACAAUUUACUGAUGACGUUCUCUUACAAUUAACUAGUAAGGCUCAAGGUGGUCUGGAAUGUCUGAGCCUUGUACAGUGCACAGGGAUUACUGAUGAUGGUCUCAUGGAGGUGCUUCUUAAUAAUCCUAAGGUCACAAAGUUAUGUGUUCCAGGAUGCACGAAACUCAGCAUUGAAGGCAUUAUUAAUACUUUGACUGCCUUCAAGUCAAUAGGUACACGGGGAGUAAAACAUUUAAGCAUAGCUGGAAUUUAUGGAGUAACAAAUGAGCAUUUUACAAAGUUGAAGAAGCUGUUAUUGGGUACUGACAACUUGACUAAGCUAAAUACCCAGGAGCCUCGGUUCUAUCGAGGUGGAGAUUAUUUUCCAUCGUGCUUUGAUGGGCGUACCAUUGACCUAGAAGAAUGCCCAAAAUGCAGGAAUAUGAGGCUCGUUUAUGACUGCCCGGUGGUUGGCUGCAAGGGAAAAGAAGGGGUCACCGACACUGACACAGGCACGAACACCAACACCCAGAGAUGCAGGGCAUGCACACUUUGUAUAGCUAGGUGUGAUCAGUGUGGACGAUGCCUAGAGGGCUAUGUACAUCAGGAGAUAUUUUCUCUGGAGUUGCGUUGUGCUGAUUGUGGGAAGCAGAGAACGAUAUGUGAAUGAGAGGGGAGCGAGCCGUGUUCUUUCAUCCUUGCUGAAGAGAGUUGCAGCUUCUCGAUUUAUGGUUAAAUUUGAUAUGUGCAUACAAGUUAAAAGUUUAGAUUUGUUCUCGCAAGAAAUCCAGAGACAGCCAAUGAUCCGAGUAUUGACUUGCAUCGUCAAUCCAAAUGUUGAAUUUUUAUACUUUUGAAGGACGUGGAAGGAGAAAAACCAAAAAAAAAGAAGAAAAAGAAAAAAAAAAGAAAAACUAAUUCCAAGAACUCGAAGUGGUGUGAAUGGGUGCCAUGGUUCUGGAAAUAACUAUAGAUCGUUCGUUGAUGAUCAAUGGUUUUAGGAACUGGUGUCUCAGAUUCAAUCAUCUCGUUGGCCUUCCAUUUUUCUUCGUCUAGCUAUUGGGAAGUUGCAUGGUGCAGACGGUUUCCGCUGAUCAGAAUGUUUAACUAUUGAUGAACUCUGGAAGGAAGGUGCCUCUUUAUGUGACUUGGUCGUCUUUUAUUCAUUUCGUUCUGUUUCUGGCCAUUAUUGUGGUUCUUCAGUAUGUUACUAUUGCGUCUCGCAGGUCAUGUAUGCUGCACCGUCAAUCUAUGUGCUUGUCUAGUCCUUUUUUUUUUCCCUUUAAUUUCUAGGAACUUACUGCUGUUAGAACUUUUAGACAUCGUCGUAUUUGUACUUUACUUUUAAUAUGUGGGAAACUCUGUUGUCAUGUUGCUGGGAAGUUUCAAUAAUGAAAUAAAUGACGUCAAAUAUUCCAAAUAAAGUUUGAUUCCUUGAAUUUUCUUCA